AGCCAAUCACAGUACGAAAAAGUCUUCCGCGGAAACACCAGAUCAAGGAAUGUCUGAGUGUAAUCUGUAACCGUGUUCUGACUAAUAUUCUCGGCAUGGAUCUUAUCUUUGUGAGCAAAACUCAAAUGCUGCUCCUUGCAGUGUUCGGAUGGAGUUUGGGGGAGGUGUUCGGUUUUGGAGAGGAGAGCAACGAGUUCACUUUCCUUUUGCAAGCCGGGAAAUCCGAAUGCUUCUUCCAACGGGCAAUACAGAAUGGUACGAUGGAGGUCGAAUAUCAGGUGAUUGGAGGUGCCGGAAUGGAUGUGGAUUUUACGAUCCUCAGUCCAGAGGGCGUCCCGAUGGUCGCAGAGACCCGUCGCUCUGAUGGAGUUCAUGUGGUGGAGCCCACAGAAGAGGGAGACUAUCAAGUCUGCUUUGAUAACAGCUUCAGCCACUUCUCGGAGAAGAUGGUAUUCUUCGAGCUUUACAUCGAGGGGCCAGGAGGAGAUGUGGGAGGCGAUGAUGAGUGGGCUGGUUUAGAGUUGGAUGAAAAUAUGUUGCAGUACAAGUUGCAGGAUAUAAGGGAGUACAUGGACUCUGUACACAAACGUCUUGAGCGUAGUCGGCAGAUGCAAACGGUGUUGCGAGCUUUUGAGGCACGGGACCGAAACCUUCUGGAAGACAACCUGUGGAGGGUUACGUUUUGGUCAUGUGCCAGCAUGCUGGUGAUGCUGUGCGUGGCCUUCACCCAGGUCUACACAGUGCGUAAACUGUUUGACGAUAAGAGGAGGGUGUACUCGUAGAACAAACUCCGGUGAGACAAGACAACCUGGGCGAGGCUCACAAUCCAUAUUUGUUAUGUCAACACCAACUGUUGGCACCAAGUGAUGUGGUUGACAUCUUAAAGUUUGUCACACACCAAUCUGAGCAAUAACAGUAAAGAACAGUUCGUACGUUGGUGGCCUUGUUUAUUUCCUUUAGUGCCUUUUUAAUAUGAAAUCUUCCCACAAAUUGAUGCAAAGAAUACAUUUUAAAAGGCACUGCAGUAUAUUUCACAGUAAAACACUGGUGGGAUUUGCUGUGAUUAUGAUUUUUUUUGGGGGGGGGGGCGGGUAAAGCUGAAAGGUGAUGUGGGAGCCCUUCUAGUUUAGAUGUGAUAACUAUGUGCAAUAGUCUUGAGUUUUUUUGUACAUUUUUGUAACACAAUGCGCAACUGGCUAACCCCCAAGAAGUACUCAUUUUUGUAAGACUUCCAAAAAUUAAAUAGGAACAUAAUGACUGGUACUGUGCCUUUGUACUUCAGGCCUUUGCUUUAUCCUCUUUUUUCUAAUGUGUCCAGUGGGUGGUAUUGCCACAGUAAAAUCUCGAAGCAAUGUUUUCAUGGGAGCCUUUGCAUCGAUUUUAAUAUUUGUAUAAUUUUUGUGUUGUUGAUAUGACAGAUGUCACAAAUAUUGAGUUGAACAAUAAAAUCAUAAUUACAA